UGGCUAGAUUUGCCAAACCGAAACUGAUUCAAGAUCAUUUUGAUGAGAUAUUGCGAUUUCAAAUCGAGGCUAAAGAAACUGCAUCUGAGUCUGCGUUGCGCUUAUGGAGCAUGAUCGAGCAAAUUCCAAAAGCAGAAUUAUCCGAAGAGGUUAUUACUGGGUUUGUCAUAUCUGUUUUAUGCCAGAAGGAUAACUUGAUACGUAGAGAGCUAACAUCCCAUGUCGUUACUACUCGCGCUCAGCUAUUUCGAAUUCUUAAUGGCAUCUCGCUGAAACGCCGGACGGAUAAUACGGACGGGUGUCAAGACCCUGAUGUGAAGCGACCGCGGGUGACAGAUACGAGGUUUCUUGGCAAAUGUCAUCGUUGUGGCGUAAGGGGUCACAAACAGUUUGAAUGCAAAUCGCGUAAGGAAGAUCAAGUAUCGAAGCCUUCAGAUUAUUCAACUUCCACCAACAAGCAAGACAAAACCAUUACCUGCUUUUCGUGCGGAAAGACUGGACACACAUCACCAACUUGUCCCGACAAGAAGAGGCCCGGUGGGUUAGCGAACAAAGAAGUCAACCUCUGCGGCCAUGACCCCUCCAGAUCCUCGCUGGAGACAUCUUCCGGACGCCAUUAAACUACUACGUCCGAGGACGGACGAUUGUCAGUCUGGCCGUGUCGGCGCCGCCGUAGAGAAUAUGAGAAUACGUCGGAUUAGAGUGACAGCUGAGGAAGUGUCACUCUGACGGAGCGUCAAGUUGGGAGCAGCGCGGGAACUUUGACAUAAAGAAAAAGGCCCGCGCGCCCUCACCAGGCGAAUCGUCUCAAUUCGACGUCGUAAUUUAGUUUAUUGUUUGUUUAUCACCAUAAUUGUUAUUUCUUACUAUAAAGUGUACUCAAGACAG